UCCAGUUUAAUCCAGUCGACAGCGCCAAUCCCUCCAAAACGACUUGAAUUACUUCUCCAUUCAGUUCUUCGUUUUUUUAUUUCUCUCGACAAUUUCCUUGAAAAAUCGGGGCAAAUUUUUUACUUUGAGGGGAAGAGGGACGUUGAGAAGAGCUCGAGGAGCCGCGGAAUUACCGAUUUUUCAUUUGCCACUGCUUAUUUUAUUUAUUUACAUUUAUGCGUUACGUCAGGAAGACGAGUAAAAUAAUUCAACUCCAGUUUCGCACGUUUUUAUUGUCUUCCGUCGAAUAGUGAACCCCUAAAAUUGAGGAGGCAGUAGCAAAUACCCUCGAUUACUGGAUAAAUACGAAUAGUCGGGGAAAUAACUGACGGGAGACGGAUAAUUAAGAUUUACUUUAAUUUCCCCUGAAGAUGAGGCCACGACUGCUGAUCCUCUUCCUGGCCCUGUCGAUGUCCUCGGCGGAGCAGCGGACGACCCAGGAGGAGUGCAUCGCAGAGCACCCAGCACUCCUCCACUUAUUCUCGUGGAUCGAUUACUCGGUUCUGGCGGUGAUGCUCCUGGUGUCGUGCCUCAUCGGGACUUUCUACGCGUUCUGCAGUAAGAAGCAGGAGACAAGCCAGGAUUUCCUGCUGGGGGGGUCGAGCAUGGGAACUCUACCCAUGGCAAUGUCUCUGGCUGCCAGCUUCAUCACUGCCAUCGAGUUGCUGGGGAAUCCGGCGGAAAUGUAUGCGCAGGGCACACAAUUCUGGAUGACAUGCUUCGCAUUCAUCCUAGUAAUCCCCAUAACAUCGCGCCUGUAUCUCCCGGUGUACAUGAAAUUGCGAUUGACAUCGAGCUACGAGUACCUGAAUCUGAGAUUCCACCGGCAUUGUAGACUCCUCGCAAGUGGACUCUACAUGUUACAAAUGAUUUUGUACACCUCGGUGGCUGUCUACGCACCAGCGUUAGCUCUGAGUCACGUCACUGGGCUCGACACGUACGUCGCUGUAUCUCUAGUCUACGUAGUCUGCAUUUUCUACGCGUCUCAGGGCGGCAUGAAGGCAGUGAUAAUGACGGAUACCUUCCAGGCAGUGGUUCUGCUCGUCUCGCUGUUUGUGAUCGUCGGUCUGGGGAUGGCGAAGGCCGGGGGAAUGUCCUCGGUGUGGAGGGACAGUCUACAUACCGAUAGAAUUGAGUUAUUCAUCAUGGACCCUCGUCCGACUGUUCGACACAGCUUCUGGAGUGUCGUCGUGGGGGGGACCUUCUACUGGGCCACGAUGUUCUGCAGUAACCAGGCGUCUGUGCAGAAGUACCUGAGUGUGCAGUCCAUCGGACAAGUCAGAACAGCUCUUUGGGUGUCCGCGCUCAGUCUAAUCCUCAUCUACACCAUCAACUUCCUCACCGGAAUGGUCCUCUUCACGGCGCACAAGACCUGCGACCCCCUGAGGGCGUCGCACAUCUCGGGAAUGGAUCAGCUCCUUCCCCUUUACGUCAUGAAUUUCAUGGGGGAGUACCCGGGGAUCCCGGGUCUCUUUGUCGCUGGCAUCUUCGCCGCCUCCCUCGGUACCGUGGCGAGUGCCCUCAACUCCCUGGCGGCCCUCACCUGCGAGGACAUUCUCCAAGGGCUCUUCAGGUUUCAAGUCCCUGCGAGCAAGGGGGCCGCUUACGCCAGGUGGAUCAGCAUCUUCUUCGGAGCUCUCAGCUUCGCUUUCGUCUUCGUCGUCGAACGUCUUGGGAGCGUUCUCCAAGUAUGAAAACACUAGUUUUAAACCACUCGC